AUGCACGACCAUCUCCGCAACCUGGUCCGCAGGGCGUUUCUGAGCAGGGAGAAAACGCGCCGCCCUCAGCAGCCGCGCCAAGCUGUACGACCGCGAUCAAGGCCACUUCUUCCACUUCCACUUCUCACAACCGAAGAUGGCCGUUUUGAAAAGCUCGCUGUUUCGACAAGUAGUUACGGCUUGUUUCACCGGCUGCCUCUGGAAAUCCGCCACAUGAUUCUUGCUGAGGCGUCCGGCUACCGCACCGUCCACAUCGACCUUGCCUUUGACAACCCGCUGGUAAGACAGCCAAGUCUCGCAGCUUCAUCCGGCAGCUCGCCAGACAAAUCCCGGCACUGCGGUCUUGGUAUCAGCUUGGUCCCGGACAAAAGUCAACCGAAGCAAUGGCAAUGGUUCGCCUGCGUGUGCCACCGAGGCGCAGAGUGGACGGCCGCAGAGCGAAAGGACAACUGGCAGGACCUUGGUCGCGCGAUUGGACUGCACGACGACGAAUGUAUCAAGGGCACUGUCUGCUGGUGCGGUACAGAGGCGUCCCAAGGCGUCGGGGGUGACUCGUGCUUCCUCGGCAUCAUGGGCUGGCUUUUGUCAUUCCGCAGUGCUUGCGUCGAGGGCCUCGAGGCUCUCUUCUCUACCAGCACAUUUCAAUUCUCCGGCCUGGACCUCCAGCUCCAUCUCCCUAGACUGAUAUAUCCUCGCUUGCUGCGCCCGAAUUAUCAGCCUGGAGCUUCUCUGGGGCGAUCACGAGCGUCUCCUUGGACAGCACCCUCUGGCCCGGGAGCUGUGAAAUCCAUCUCCUGCCGGGCAGGGAGAGGAUGGGACACUGCGUAG